GUGGGUGAAUUGCGUAUCAUCAAAAUCAAAGUGCAGAUGUCGCACGAGGCCAAACUGACGCUUUAUCUGAACAUGUACAAUCUGCUCAUACUCCACGGAUACGUAGUGCUGGGCAUUCCCGAUGGGCUCAUGAAGCGAAUCGACUUUUUCAAAAAAGCAAAAUACGAAAUAGAUGGCUUAACCCUGUCCGCUCUUGAGUUAGAACACGCGAUACUCAGAGCCAAAUCCAGCCCGCCUGACUUGGGUAUCCUUGGAGGAUUCUUCUUAAGUAUACCGAAGUACGGUUCGAAAAGUGCAUACGGUCCCUUAUUAUUGACCCGUCCAGAGGUGCUCGUAUCCUUUGCGCUAUGGAAUGGGGCCGUAGAUGGACCUCGUCUGCCCGAGAUAUUCAGGGGCGAAACUGUCCACAGCCAACUUUUGCACUGUGCGAG